CCCGAUCCGGCAACAAGUGAUUUAAAUCCCCCACAAGACCUCGAAUAUUCAAUGACUUCACCACCUGUAAUACGUCUUGUAACCUCAUCUGCCAAAUCAGCACUUGUUCACUUACAAUGCCACGUCAAGCCAGGAGCUAGCAAACAGCGCGAAGGGAUCUUGUCGAUUUCCGAUUCUGUGAUUGAAGUUUGUGUAGCAGCACAGGCAAAGGACGGGGAAGCAAACAAGGCUGUGAGAGAAGUAUUUAGUGAUGCACUAAAGUGUCCGAAAUCCGAUGUGGGGGUUGUUCGAGGCUUCAAGUCACGAGACAAGACUAUAGCUGUUACUAGUAUUGAGGUUAAGGGAGACGAGCAAUUGUGCAUUUCACAGAUCAGGGACAAGUUGCAGUCGGCAGCAGACUCAUGACCUCUUUCUUGGACUGCCUCUAGGCUUAGAUUCUGUUUUCUUGCCUUGUCGAGGUGGUGCUGUUACAGUUACUUUUGACUUGAGCCGGGCGGUGGAAGCUUUUAUGUUAAAGAUAGCACUAUCAUUCUUCAACCAAGAUCAUAUGUAUUUGCAAUACUUAUACCCUUGGAAUUAGACUCGGAUCAUGGGCGUGGGAUGCGGGACGAUGAGACAAGAGUAAUUAAAGAGGCUGCAGAACAUAACGGGCCAUUGAGUCAGACAAUACGGAGGCGCAAUGCACUG